AUGUCACUGAAAACUCUUUUCCCAGGCGUGGCCGUCAUCACCGGGGCCGGGGGAACUGGAAUUGGAGCAGCGGUAGCUAAAGCUUUUGCUGCAGCAGGCUGUGAAAAAAUUGCAAUCACAGACCUUAAUGAAAGCACCCUAGAGAAGACCAGAGAUAGUAUCGUCAAAGCUCACCCCAAGGUCCAAUUGCUUGCCCACCCAGGAAAUGUGGCGGACGAUAAAUUUGCCGAGUCAUUUAUUUCCAAAGUCACAAGCAAACUUGGCCGUGUUGACUAUGCUGUAAACUGUGCUGGUGUGCUUGGUUUACCGAUGCGAUCAAGUGAAACUAGCAUCGCGGAGUUCGACCGUGUCAACAACAUCAAUUAUCGCGGAUGUUGGCUGUCAUCCCGUGCACAGCUCAAACAAAUGCUUGAACAGGAUCCGCUGCCAAGCCAUGACCCUACUCGUCCUGCACAACGCGGAGCCGUGGUUAACAUCGCGAGCCAGUUGGGGAUUGUCAGUCGUCCAAAUGCGCCGGCAUAUUGUGCAUCGAAAUCAGCAAUCAUUGGAAUGACACGCGCGGAUGCGAUUGAUUACUCGAAGGAUGGGAUUCGAGUAAACUGUGUUUGCCCAGGCGUCAUUGAAACCCCCUUGAUUAUGGAGAAUGCCCAAGUGCGGGAGGCGAUUACUCCGGCGGCACGGAUUGCUCCAAUGCAACGAAUGGGGAAGCCGGCUGAAGUAGCAGAUGCAGCUAUUUUUCUUUGUUCAACCCAAGCUUCAUUCGUCCAGGGACAUGCCAUGGUUGUUGACGGAGGCUAUAUUACGGUAUAG